AUGAAGUUCCUCACCCUCGCCUGUCUGGCGACCUCGGCCGUCGCCGGCGUCGUCAACCGCGAGCCCCCUACCGGCGUGUAUGAGCGCGAUCUUCCCCUGAUCACUGGCAUCAUCACCAAUGUCGGCAAUGGCCUCGACACCCUGGACGGCGCCGUCAAGUCGUUCAGCGGCGACUCCAAGCCCGUCGAGGACGCGUCCGCGGCCCUCGUCGCCACCCUCAAGGACGGCAAGACCAAGGUCGACGCCUCGGGAGACCUGACUCUGGGCGACGCUCUCGGUCUGCAGGACCCUGUCAAGUCUCUGCAGACCAAGGGCGAGACUCUUCUCACCGACCUCAAGGCCCGCAAGGCCGAUAUUGAGAAGUUCAACCUGUGCGACAUCACUCGCCAGCAAGUCACGGACAUCAACACCAACUCCAACGCUCUGAUCGACUCCAUCGUCUCCAAGGUUCCUCCUCUGGCCCAGGGCAUUGCCAAGUCGCUCGCCGCGCCCCUGAUCGAGACUCUGAAGAACGCUCAGGCGGAGUUCAGCGAGGCCAACUGCAAGAACUCGGGCACCACCACCUCCACGACCUCGGCUCCUCCGGAGACGACGACGACCACUGCCCCCCCAGAGACCACCACGACUACCGCCCCUCCGGAGACCACUACGACCACUGCUCCGCCGGAGACCACCACGACCACCGCUCCUCCGGAGACUACCACCACGGACUGCGACGAGACCACUACCACGGCCCCGCCGAAGACCACCACCACGGACUGUGAUGAGACCACCACGACGUCUCCUCCCGAGACCACGCCUUGCGAGACUGAGACGGAGAGCACUGUCGCCCCCACGACCACGUCUAAGCCGGAGACCACCCCUUGCGAGACCGAGACCGAGUCGACGGUUGCUCCCACGACCACCAAGCCUGGCGAGACCACCACUCCCUGCGAGACGGAGACGGAGAGCACCGCCGUUCCUACCACCACCAGGCCUGGCGAGACCACCACUCCUUGUGAGACGGAGACGGAGACGACUGCGGCUCCCACUACCACCAAGCCCGGUGAGACGACCAAGCCUGGCGAGACUACUACGCCUUGCGAGACGGAGACGGAGUCGACCGCAGCUCCCACCACGACCAAGCCUGGUGAGACGACCAAGCCCGGAGAGACUACCACGCCUUGCGAGACGGAGACGGAGACCACUGCUGCUCCUACUACGACUAAGCCUGGCGAGACCACCAAGCCCGGCGAGACGACUCCUUGCGAGACGGAGACUCAGCCCACUGGCGUUCCCACCACCACCAAGCCCGGCGAGACCACCAAGCCUGGCGAGACUACUAAGCCUGGCGAGACCACUCCUUGCGAGACCGAGACUCAGCCUACUGGUGUUCCUACCACCACCAAGCCUGGCGAGACGACCAAGCCUGGCGAGACGACGUCCUGCGAGACGGAGACCCAGCCCACGGGUGCCCCUACCACCACCCAGCCUGGCCAGACCACCAAGCCUGGUGAGACUACUCCUUGCGAGACGGAGACUCAGCCCACUGGCGCUCCCACGACGACCAAGCCCGGCGAGACCCAGCCCGGCGAGACCACGCCCUGUGAGACGACCGGCCCGGGUGCCACCAACCCUCCGGCCCAGUCCACCACUGCUCCGGGCGGCAACCCCCCGCCUUGCGAGACCUGCCAGCCUGGCGAGAGCUCCACCCCCGGCGGUGUCCCUCCCGCCGAGAGCACCGGCGCUCCUGUCCCCCCGGCUGAGAGCACUGGUGCCCCCGUCCCUCCGGCUGAGAGCACCGGCGCCCCGGUCCCUCCCGCCGAGAGCACCGCCGCGCCCGUCCCUCCCCAGGAGACGACGCUCGUCCCCGUCCCCAGCAACCAGCCCCCGACUGAGACGCAGACCCAGUCUCCUCCUCCUCCGGUCGUGACUGCUGGCGCCUCCUUCAUGGCUCCGGCCGGCGCUCUGGCCAUGGCCAUUGCCGUCGCGAUCGUCGUGUAA